AUGCUCGGUGAAGAGACACGACUAAACGUCAAGUCCAAUGAUAUCGCCAACACCAAUACAAUAGGUUACAAACAGCGUCGAGCACACUUUCAAGAUUUAAUCUAUCUCAAUCGAGGCACAGCUGGAACGCCCACGUCUACCUCUGGUACAGAAUCCCCUACCGGCACACACAUUGGGGUCGGUGUAAAACUUGCAGGGGUCAGCACAUUGGAUACACAAGGGGAUCUUAAAAAAACAAGCAACCCUUAUGAUUUUGCCAUUAGUGGAAAUGGAUUAUUCCAAGUUCAGCUCCCAACAGGAGAAAUUGCUUACACGCGUAAUGGAGAAUUCAAAAAAAGCAGUGACGGAACCAUCGUUACACUAGAUGGAUACACUAUCCAGCCAGGUAUUACUAUUCCCCCUGAUGCCCUCAGCGUUCGCGUAAACGAUGAAGGCGAAGUCUAUGCGAAAAUUGAUGGUCAGCAAGAACCUCAGCUGCUUGGACAAUUUGAACUUGCCAACUUUAAUAAUACUGCUGGAUUAGAAUCUAUUGGAAAGAAUUUGCUUAUAGAAACAACAGCUUCUGGUGCCCCCAUUGUUGGAACACCAAACUCUAUAGGAUUCGGGUCUGUGAACCAAGAAUACUUGGAAGCUUCUAACGUAAACUCUGUAGAAGCAAUGAUGGACAUUAUUUUGAUCCACCGUGGAUACGAACUUGGUGCAAAAGCAGCAAAAACUGCAGAUCAAAUGAUGUCUGAAGUUAAUAACAUAUAG